GGUGGACAUUCGCAGACGGCAACUGGCAAGCCUUUGCUGGAUCUUGAUGAAGACAACGAGCCGAAGGGUGGCCCUAGGCCACGACCACGAUCUGAGAAGACCAGCCGUCGAGAGACAAGUCUCUGUCGGUACACUUUGUUGAAAUCGGCCAAAAAAAACUUGUCAUCAUGA